UGCUUCUGUCUGUCAGAACCAACAUGGCGGCCUCCGGAGAUUCACGUGAGCUUUUCACGGAGGGAGUGAGCGCGGUCCUCCACAGCUGGCCGGUCCUCCAGAUCGCCGUGGACAACGGGUUCGGAGGCGUGUACGGCCAUCAGAAAGCUGAUUGGAUGGUGGACGUGGUCCAGCAGUUUUUCCAUGACAAUGCUGACCUGCAGCGGUGCGAGGUCGAGGACUUCAUUUCUGAACUGAUGGAUCAGGAGUUUGACACAGUGGUGGAUGAUGGGAGUUUACCUCAGAUGUGUGACAGUCUGGUGCAGAUGUUCGGCCAGUGGCAGCAGGGGGCGCUGCAGCCCCUCAGACACACCAUCACCACCCUCACGCAGAAGAAGAGUCAGAGGGCAAAGGUCACCGCCGCGCCCGCGCAGUCUGACGAAGACGACGACGACGAUGAUGAUGAUGAUGAAGAUGGUGGAACACAGAUGAUGGAGUGUGAGUCGUCCGGUCCAUCAGUCAGCAGGACCGAUCCUCCUCCUCCUCCUCCUCCUCCUCCUCUGCAGGGUGAAGAGGACGGUUGGACGGUGGUGAGGAAGAAGAAGUGAAGAUGAAGAGCGUUAUGAACUGAUAAACUCAGCUUGUCCUCAAGGACUCCCCCAGUGUGUGUGAGACCCUGACAAAGACUCCCCCGGUGUGUGUGAGACCCUGACAAAGACUCCCCCAGUGUGUGUGAGACCCUGACAAAGACUCCCCCAGUGUGUUUUUAAUGGACGUAAGCUGUGUGCAGCCUGAAGGGAGAAGCUCCAUGAAUCCAGACUCAGUCUGCUGUCUGUGGUUGGUUUGAUAUUAAAGCUGCUGGAACCACCGUC